AUGGAAGAACACGGCUCGUACUACUUAAACCAGAGUGAUAUUCGGUGGCUAUACAACGAACUGCCUUCACAAACCACGAUUUCCCAACCAGAUGAAGUGCCUCUAGGUAGUUCGAUGCUCAAAACCAACACCCAUCAAACUGCAGACUCGCUCUUCCCACCAGAACCCUUUUCGAAUCACCCCGAAGUUUCUUUGCAAGACGCGCCAUUUACGUCUUUUCGUUUGCAUGAGCCUCUCAGUUUACGGAUGGGAGCCUCCGAGAGCGACCUGUAUGGGAACUGCUAUAACCCCAUGUGGGAACAGCCCCCUCUAAGCAGUCUCCUGGUUGGGAAUGUGUUUCCAGAGACACACCUUCCUCUUCAGCAAUCAUCACCGUCCAACGAAUACGGAAGAGUUCCAUCUAUUCUACCAGAUAUGGGCUAUCCCCACCUAUCGUCAGAGUUUCAGCAAGGCCAUUACCCAUACGGCACGUUGAUGGAAUACGUGCAAAGCACAGAGCACAUGCCUCGUCCUUCUUGUGAUAACCCUUCAUCGGGGAUCGACAACACUACAUCCCUGGAAACCAUAAUGCCACAUACAGCACGAAAUGAAGAAAUUCCCGUGGCUCAGUUAACACUGCAAGAAAUUUAUUGCUGGUUCGAAGAGAAUACGAACAAGGCCAGUGGCCCAAAUUCUACAGGCUGGAAGAACACUAUCCGCUACAACCUUUCCAUGAAUGUGGGGUUUGUCUCGUAUGCCGAGCUAUCCCCAGACAAGUCAAAAACCAGCUUCUGGACACUCGCAGAGGAGGCCCUUCGCAAGGGUAUACUCCCCACAACACGUCAGCGUCGCUAUGGUUCAAGAAAAUCCCCCAAGGCCGAGAACUUUUCACCUCUACAUCAACGCAAAGAAAGGAGCGGCACCAGCAAACCCAUCUACAAAGCCCCCGCAAGGCAAUUACCAGGCAGUUUUGUGUUUUUCCCUGGAAUCUAUAAAAAUGAUUUUCAAAAAAGUCCACAACAACCGAGUUUACUAUGUUGCGUUUGA